GCGUUGACGUCAGUAUGAACACACAUCUGAAGGCAGUAAAAAUGACGGUUAAGAACAGAGACCCAGUCCAGAUAGACACACUGAGUAUACGCGGCAAUAAUAUCCGUUACUUCAUCCUGCCAGACAGCCUGCCUCUGGACACACUCCUGGUUGACGACACACCCAAAGCCAAGGCAAGGAAGGAAAAAGCAGGUAUGGGCAGAGGGCGUGGCAGAGGGAGAGGUGGCCGUGGUGGUAGAGGAGGGAGAGGCGGCCCAGGUGGAGGGCGUGGGAGAGGCAGGCGGUAAACUGAACAUUCCUACAUGCAUAGACUUAAGUGCUUUAAGAGACCUGUCUUACGGGUUCUUCAGGACUUUCUCAAUUGGUGAUUACUUACGGAUGUUCUGGAUGACUUGUGUAUCAGAAUAAAAGAUCACAAGUUAUACUGUUGUAAAUUGGAAGUGAUGUGAAGAAAGAUCAAAAAGGGAAAGAUGGAAUACGGAUCAUGUAUUUCUGAAGAAUCAUCAUGCAAGUUGAGAAUGAUUUGUUUGUGCGGCAGAGACAUUUGUUAUAAUGCCUGCUGAUGGGAGAUCUAGUUGACAGAAUAGACAUAAUUUUUCUAGGAGAGCACAGAACCUUUGUUAACUUCAAGGUCACUUUGACAUCCUGAAAGACACUAUGCUAUCCCUGCAUGGGUCAGAUGACUACUGUUAUAAAAGUAAAUGUUGAACAUGGACCUCUGCAUACGUGUGUUGAAUUUGAACAGGUGACUUCUCUUGAUAAACAAAUGUACAGAUUUUAUAAGAUGUGUAGUAAAGAUUCAUUUUACAGUUUU